AUGAGCCCACAUCAAAUAAUAAAUAUUGACGAUGAAUCUGGAGCGAGUACGGCGUCGCAAAACGAGAAUUGCUCGCCAACGUCACCAUCGGAUUCCCAUAAGCCAAAAAGCCGAAUUCUCUAUUGUCGAAAAUGCGAAGGCCACGGCGAGAAAGUGAUUCUGAAGAACCAUUCGCCCCAAUGCCCUUAUAUUUUGUGCAAUUGCAAAUCGUGCGAGAAGCUGAAUUAUAAACGACUGAAAUCGUUCAACAAACGAAAUAAGGACAAAAUCGAGCUCGCCGCCGCGUUGAAUGCCAAACGACACGCGACUAGCGAGACGAUAUCAAGUUUCGACGACGAGGACCAAGAAUCGUCGCGUCGCUCAUCAUUCAGCUCGAAAACCUCGUCACCUGGCAUGGAUUCCGACAAUAAUGCAUCAUCAUCGUCGUCCGGCGGACUUGAAGGCCGAAGCAUGUCACUUGGCGCGAUGACCGUAAUGUCGUACGACAUCUGGAAGGCCAAAUGUGCAUCGGAAAAGAAGCGACUCGAAGAGGAGAAGGCGAAGAAGGAAGGAAGCACCGAGCCGAAGCGAUCGCCGUCGCCGGUGCCGAUUCGCAAACGCGCUCACACGUUCGUCGCUCAGCCGAGGGUCAAUCGCACUGAGGAUAUUCCGGUCGUCGCUUCGAAAAAGAUGUCGGUUGAUGAGAAGGGCAAAGGCAAAUACAUUCUUUUACCGACGAUCCCCGCGAUGCGCAUUCUCGUCGAUGCCGAAGAGGAUAAGAAGCCGAUCGAGCCAGUCGCCGCUUCAGUUUCGGUGGCGCCCGUCACCGCCACCACUCCAGUUGCGGCUCCGCCAGCCACCACAGCGCCGGUCAGCCGGCCAUUCCAAUUGCCGGCGAGUCUUCCGCGCCCGUCGCCGGUGGUGGCGAAUCCCACCAUUUCGCCACUGAUGUCGCCAUUCAAGCCGAUUGCUCAGCAGCCGCCGACGCCAAUAAUCACGUCGGUACCGCAACCGAAUCCGCUCGGAAACUUGUCCACUGAGCAGAUCAUCUCCUCAUUGACCCUUCACAACACCAUCCUUCAGCAACAACAGAACUCUCAAAUGAUGCAAGAUUUGAUAACGAGCCUCGCGUCCGGAGUUCAGCCAUCAGUUGACGUCCUCUCGAUGCUUCGCAUUCAGCAACAGGCUGCCGCAUUGACCGCGCAGCUUCAGGCCCAAGGAAUCACGCUGCCAGCGUCGAUUCCGAAGACACCGCUCUCGAUUCCAGUCGCAACCAGCGCCAAUCUGCUCUCAUCAUUCCUCCAGCCUCCAGUUUACUCGAACCCAGUGUAG